CCCGUUCCUCCUCUGCCCCUGCAGCUGACGGCGCUUGUAACGUUCCUCUGCUUCGUGGCGUCCCGCUCGCACGGGGCGUACACCGCGCUGGCCGCCAUGGAGACCGUCAUCACGGCACUGUUCUUCCUGCUGUACUUGCUGAAGCUCGAUAAAAAGAUGAGCUGGUUGUUCUGGCCGCUGGCUGAUAUUUUCAACUCGGUGAUUGCAGCGUUGUUCCUCCUGAUUGUGUGCGUGUUCGCAAUAACGUUUAAGACCAACAAUGGGACACUGGCUGGAGGAGUGUUUGGUCUUGUAUUGCUUGUUCUCUGUGUUGUCGACGCGGUUCUUCUCUUCCAGAAGAUCAGCCUUAAUGGACCAAGAAGAAGGAACACUCCUGCUAAAUAA